AUGGCUUACAAAACUGUGGCCGUGAUUGGCGCCUCGGGCAGCGUGGGAAAACCCGUCGUCCGGGCUCUUAUCGCAGCUGGCUUCAAAGUCACGGCGAUCACCCGGCAGGACUCUACGGCAACAUUCCCCGAGGGUGUCGAGAUUCGAAAGGUCGCGCUCGACUACAUGGAAGGAUUGAUUGAUGCAUUGGAGGACCAGGAUGUCGUCAUCAGCACGGCACCCGGCUCAGUGGCCGGGGAGCAAAGCUGGUGGGCGGAGUGUGCGCGGAUUGCUCGCGUGAAGCGAUUCAUCCCCGCCGAGUUCGGCCACAAUACCCGCCCCGGCAAGCUCACCGGCCGCUUCAAGGAGCUGCUGGCUGAAAAGACCAAAACGGUUGACUUCGUGAUUGAGCAGGCGGGCUAUGACUCGGGCCACCGCAUGACUUGGACCGGGAUUGCAACCCAUCUGUUUCUGGACUGGGGCCUGGACCACGGAGUCUUUGGCAUCAAUCUCAAAGACAAGACCGCAAACAUAUUCGACUCGGGCAACGAGCCCGUUUCCGUGUCAACACUGGCCUUUGUGGCACAGUCCGUCGUGGCCGUCCUGCAGCGCGACGAGGAGACGGCCAACCAGUACUACGAAGUAGUCGAGCACACAGUGACCCAGAACCAGCUGCUCAAGAUAUUUGAAGAAGAGACGGGGGUCCAGUUUGCCGUGACCCACACCAGCACAACAGAGCUGUCCAGGAUUGCCGAGGAGAAACUGGCUAAGGGAGACCCUAGUGCUUUCUUCGAGGUGCUCUUGGCGUACAACUUUGCUGAUGGCGCGGGACAUGCAGUCGAGAAUGGGGAGCUGGCGAACGGAACACUCGGGCUCAGGUCGGGCGAUUUGAGGGAGACCAUCAGAGAGUAUAUCCGGUCCUAUUCCGGGCCCGGAGUGCUUGAUUUUGGUUCAGAUAGAUUGAGAUAGC